AUGGUGUGUGCGCAGCGGGGCUACAAGUGCGUUCACGCCUCAGACACCAGAGUGUGGGUUAUUACCAUGGCUGAGUCCUUCUCCUUGGAAAGGCGAAAGCUGAUGCGCUAUCUGGGAGCUCGGGUCAUCGUCACGCCGCGGGCUGGCAAAGGUACCGGCAUGGUGGUCAAAGCUCAGGAGCUCGCCAAAAAGCACGGGUGGUUUUUGUGUCAUCAGUUCGAAAGCUCGGCGAACUACGAGUUUCACUACAACACAACUGGGCUGGAGAUACUUAGCGACUUCGAAGAUGCACAGCUGGACUACUUCGUUUUGGGCUAUGGGACUGGUGGAACAUUCGUGGGGGCGGGAAGGCGGUUGCGAGAACACCGACCUGAGGUGAAGAUCUGUCUUGCAGAGCCCGCGGAGGCGCCUCUGUUGGCUUCCGGCCAGAAAAGUGAGCGGAGAGCCGAUGGCUCCGCCACAGGCUCCCACGCCUUCUUCGCUCCUCAUCCCAUUCAAGGAUGGACUCCUGAUUUUAUUGCCAAGAUUGUCGAGGAUGGUGUGGAGGGUUCGCCAGGGUAUGACGAGUACAUGGCCGUGCCAGGCUCGGCUGCGGUGAACAUGUCGCAGAUGCUCGCAAAGACGCAGGGCAUCUUCACGGGCAUAUCCGGAGGGGCCUCCAUGCAUGCCGCGGUCGAGUUGGCCAAGAAGGCACCUGAAGGGUCUGUUUUGCUGGUCCUGCUUGCGGAUACUGGCGAGCGAUACUUUUCGACCCCUCUCUUUGCCAACAUCAACGAAAGCAUGAACGACGAAGAGCUGGUGAUUUCCAGAUCCACUCCGAAUUUUCAGAUGUGA